CACUCAUUUUGAUCACUUCCAGAUGAAGUAAAAAUCACAAGGUCUGGAAAGCAGACAGUGAAAAAAAAUAUAAAGAGUCACGCUUAGAGAGGGAGAAAUACACAGCAGAUAGGCUUGUUAUUUUGUUUUAUGCAAGAGUGUUGAGCACACAUCUGGAUGGACACUGAAUAAGCUGCAAUCAAUUGUAUCUAUUUUUCUUACAAAGAAAGGAUGCAUUGGAUAAUCUUCUUUAUUUCCCUUUUUUAUUAUAAUGUCGGUAUAUGUGCUGACUCUGAAAAGAAUAAAGCUCUAUUCCCCAGGGCUGCAAGAGUAAAAAGAGGAUCUGUUGUAUUGUUUAAUCCUUAUUUCCAGACAUCUUUUAAAGAAGUGUACCUGUUGUAUGAGAUUUUGCUCUCAGGUCUGGAGAUUAAAAACAACAAACUGUCUGUCAAAGAUGAGGAGCUGGCUUCUCUAAAGAAAACAGAAAAACUUAAAGCCAUUUUUGAAGAAGUGCUUCCAAGAAAUCUUCAGGAUGUUCAACAGUUGACUUCUGGCCUUUCAUAUCUCAAUGGGACUUUAAACAAAGAUGAUUUUGAAAGACUUAUUCUAACACUAGUCUACACAGUGUACCAGGUAGUUCACGUCAAAGACCACUGGAAAGAUGCUUGGGCAGAAGCAUUUGUAGAACUGUACAACGCAAUAAAACAAGACAUCAUGCUUUAAAAAUGAGAAAUGCUGUAUUUGCACAUUUACACUAAGAAAGUAUGCUAAACGUUUCUUAUAUUACCCAAAUUUAAGCAUUUUCUGAAGCUAAUUAACCAUUUAUAGACUUGUAGGCAAAGGAAGGCUUUCCAUCAGUUACUAUGC